UGGAGAGAGGAGAGAGAGAGAGAGAGAGAGAGAGUGGCGGUGGCAAAAGGAAGGAGGUGAAAUUGGUCACCUGUUUACCAGUCUCUACUAGAAUUGGCGGAGCUUUUCGUUUUUCUUCCACCAGAGAGAAAGAGGAAGGGGGGUUUUGUGUGCUGGUAAGGGGAUAAUCGGCUAAAUUUGGGGAGCCUAAAUCUGGCAACCUUUGGAGGAUUGAGGGCAAGGUCCUCCCUAAAGCAAGCCAUAGCGGAAGACGACGAAGAGGAGUGUAGGCCUUGGCGUCGAAGGUUGUCCAUGGCGGUAACACGGGGCUCCACCUUCAGGAUCGCCCUCCUCCUCCUCCUUUUGGCCGCCAUUAUCACCGCUUGCAUUACUCUCCCCAUGGAACAGAUCUUAAAGGACUUUUUGCUGUGGAUUGAGAACAAUUUAGGGCCUUGGGGGCCACUUGUUUUGGCUGUUGCUUAUAUCCCUCUAACAGUUUUGGCAGUUCCAGCUUCAGUACUUACUCUUGGAGGUGGUUAUCUCUUUGGACUGCCCAUUGGCUUUGUUGCUGAUUCAAUUGGUGCUACCAUAGGUGCAACAGCUGCAUUUCUUCUUGGUAGAACUAUUGGGAGGUCAUAUGUUACUUCUAAGCUCAAGGAUUAUCCACAGUUUCAAGCAGUUGCUAUUGCAAUUAAUAGAUCCGGUUUUAAGAUUGUUUUGCUGCUUCGGCUUGUGCCCCUACUUCCAUUUAACAUGCUAAAUUACCUCCUUUCUGUCACUCCUGUUGCUAUAGGGGAAUACAUGUUAGCCUCCUGGUUGGGAAUGAUGCCAAUUACUCUUGCACUAGUAUAUGUAGGAACAACUCUCAAGGAUCUUUCUGAUGUCACACAUGGAUGGGGUGAGGUGUCAGCAAUUCGUUGGGUUGUUAUUGCAUCGGGUCUUGUGUUUUCUGUGGGUAUGAUGGUGGCUGUAACAAAAGUUGCCAAGGCAUCUUUGGACAAAGCACUUGCUGAAAACGUUGAGAUAGAGGGUGUCUUAAGCUCGCCACAGCUGCCUAGUGUGGCUGCUCCACAAUUGGAUCUUCACCAACCUCUCAUAAUCAAGAUAGACACCCCUGCAGACAAUCAUAACAAGUGAAGCCCCUACGCUUUGUACAUUCUUCCCUUAGUUCUUUAUAUCCCAUCUGAAUUUGUUUACAUGUGAGUCAUAAUUGGAAAAAAAAGGAAAAAAAAUAAAUCAUGCUUGUUUUUUGUCCUCAACAUUCCUUUGCAGCAGUUAUUACUAUGCAUUCUUAAACAAUGUAAUUCCAUGGUUCCAUCUUUCACAUUUGUAAUUUCUCUAUAAAGAAACUAGCCAUUUUACAAGUAA